AUGCUUGGCUCUUGGCAGGUCCUCAUGCGCCUGCUGGGGACACUAUGCUUGCUUCUUGGUGCUGGGGCGGCUGAUUUCAAGUCCAUCGAAGAGUUGGCCGCGCUGGCGCCUGUGACCCCUGCAGAGGCGGCGCUGGCCCAGACCGACAGCGAUGAAUUGGAGGAUGUUGAUGAUGAGGAUGCUCACGGAGUGAAUGAAGAGCCAGCAGAUGUUAAAUCAGCUCCGACCAAAAGAGCGAGUUUCGUUGUUGUGCGGGAAGUUUCAUCCAGAAAGCAGGACAGUCUCACAAAGAAGGUCGAGCAGGAUGUACAACCCUAUGGUCCGGCUGCGUGUGUUCGAACCUUCAAGGACCAGAAGACCAAUACCUGCAUCAUGAAGACGAGCUGCAAAGCCAUUACAGGUUUUGGCCAGUACGACAUGGGCUUCCGAUGCGCAAGAGAAUCUGAUAACGACGCGAGGGCAGAGGUACAUAUGUUUGGUGCUGGCUCCUUUGCGGAGGAGGAGACCUUUGACAGCAAAGUGGCUUGCCUCAAGUGCUUGCCGCUGGAGGACAAGUCUUAUCAAACGGUCGGCGACCUUGCCUCCCAGGUGCUCUCGAUGAGGCAGAACCUUGCCAUUGUGGAGUCCUCGGUGGAUCGUUUGAACAAGAAGGCAGUCACGAGUCUUAAGUUUCCUUCGACGGUCAUCACUGUGCAAUUCUCGCACGAUGCCGCCGAAGCCUCUGGGGGCCCAUUGCGCUCACGGACCUACGAUGGCCUGGAGGUCUCCUUGGAGUAUCAGAUGUACACAACCUUUGGCUCGAUGCUCAGGAUGGGCAUGGACCUGCUGACAGUGGCAGCGACAAAUCACAUAGCACGGGCGUUCUUCGUGAACCGAGUGGCGGAGCAAAAGAUCCGAAAUGUGCAAGCGCAGCAGAAGAUGAGGUUCGAGACUGAGGCCACGGCAGCUGAGACAUUUGUUGUGACUUUAAGAGUUCCAUUGAGGAGCCUUUUGGGCCAGUGUCUUGACUCCAGUGCAACUGGCGAGCUCCAAGCCACUUUCCGAUGUUUGGAGGGCAGCGAGACAUUAGCCGCCGCUCUCCUGGGCGCAGCACUAGCACGAGGCACUCGGGCAGAGGGUAUUUACUUGAUGCGUGGGGCGCAGGUGCACUUGGUGAUGCAGAAAGUGCCGGCUGCGCCAGGUGCACAAGGCUUUGCGCAAAGUACUUCCAGUAGCUGGCCGCUUCCAGAGCCGCAGCCGCGUGAAUGGGACAGGCUGCUGGCAGUCCCAUCUUUAGAGCCCUGCGAGACCCAGGCACCGCCGGAGCUUGAUGGCGAGGCAGAUGAGCUCUUGGACAUUGCCUCCAAGCUCUCAGUGGAACGACAACUCCAGCGAGAACGCACGGGCAAGUUGGAAGCAAAGAUUUCGACGACAGUGGUCUACCAGAAGAAGGCCAAAAAGAGACUUGAAGCCUGUUUGCGGCUGCAAAGGUAUUGGCGAAGCUUUAGGUGUGUUGCAUUGAGAGUUCUGCGCCAUCGUUGUCGUGCCCGGAUGCGAUUACAAAGAUGGUUUCGAGCCCUUUCUGCAAGAAGAGUGGCUUACAGGAGGCUUCGUGCCUUGAGAGCGCUUCGUUUUCUUUCGCGCAUUGUCCUUGGUCCCAUCCGCAGCCUGAGCAGAGCGCGGGAUCGUAUUUAUGCUGUAAGCUAUAUUGGGGCACGAUGGCGUGGCAGCCGCGCAAGGACGCAGGCUGGGCUUCGGUGCUUGCAGGCUGUAGCGCGAGGGGCCAUAGCUCGGAGGCGAAUUGAGCAGUUGGCGGCUGCAAGUGAGGUCAUUUGCAAGCAUGUGCGCAAUUUCUUGUGCCGGAGGCUCCUCAAAAGAUCGCAUAAAAUGCGUGAUAGGCUAAAGAAGCUCCAGGCAGGGGCCAACCAAAUUAUUGCAGAAUUUGGCGCACAGAGGAGGCCAGCAAGCACGGAAAAGCCAUGA